GACCCGAUAACACCACCAGAUAUCACCAUUCGUCAGUUUAGUUACUUCGAAGAAGCAAAAGAACCAAAAUCCCCAAAUUUGCAGAAGGAUAAGAGCCGGAAGGUUCCUCGCCGGUGAACUGAGCUAGGGUUUCAAUUCAUCCCCCAAAUUGACAACAAGAAAUGGCUCAUGCUUGCGUUUCUACAUCGGCUUCUUCUCUCAGAUUCGCAACUGGAUUCGUCUCCGCUAGUCCCAAUGGUUCCUCUUUCGAUUCUCCCAAGCUUUCUCUCCCUUUCGAGCCCCUUCGUUCAAGGAAGACGAAGAAGUUAGUUAGCGACAGGAAGAAUUCAACUCCGAAAGCUGUAUAUUCCGGAAAUAUCUGGACACCGGAGACUCCCUCUCCUCAAGGAGUUUGGUCCAUGAGAGAUGAUUUACAAGUUCCUUCGUCACCGUAUUUUCCUGUGUAUGCUCAAGGACAAGGACCACCUCCCAUGGUGCAAGAGCGUUUCCAGAGUAUCAUUAGUCAGCUCUUCCAAUAUAGGAUUAUUCGCUGUGGUGGUGCUGUGGAUGAUGAUAUGGCAAACAUAAUUGUAGCUCAGCUUCUGUACCUUGAUGCUGUUGAUCCUACUAAGGAUAUUGUCAUGUAUGUUAAUUCUCCUGGUGGAUCAGUUACAGCUGGAAUGGCUAUCUUCGAUACUAUGAGGCAUAUCCGGCCUGAUGUCUCCACUGUUUGUGUCGGUCUAGCUGCUAGUAUGGGAGCUUUUCUGCUGAGUGCUGGAACCAAAGGGAAAAGAUACAGUCUACCCAACUCAAGGAUAAUGAUCCAUCAGCCGCUUGGUGGAGCUCAAGGUGGCCAAACCGACAUCGACAUUCAGGCAAAUGAAAUGCUGCAUCACAAGGCGAACCUAAACGGGUAUCUCGCAUAUCACACUGGUCAAAGCCUGGAGAAGAUAAACCAGGACACAGACCGUGAUUUCUUCAUGAGUGCUAAAGAAGCAAAAGAGUAUGGGCUUAUUGACGGUGUUAUCAUGAAUCCUCUUAAAGCUCUUCAGCCACUUGCAGCUGCUUAAUCGCCUGAAGGUAGUGGUUCAGCUUAGCACUUGCUCUUUUUUUGGGGUUUUAUGAACUGAGAUUUUCCAUGAAAUAUGUUUCUAAUCUAGAAGGGAAAUCAGAUUUGUGUGGGAUCAAAAUCAGUAGUUGAUACAUACAUGAAGAACAAAAGUAAAGUUUCUUGCUCUGCUGUUUGAUUGAACGACAGUGAUCUCUAAGCUAAGCAAUGUUUUUAUCCAUUAUAAUCGAAUCAUUUAGCCUAUUUGCUUAA